UUCCUCCUCUACCAGGGGCACAACCCCCAGGCUGGGUUCAGAGGCCUCACGUGGUCACUCAGUCCCCCGGCAGACAGGGAGGGUGCAGGGUUUCCCCUUGGCCCGCAAACAGGAACAGAGUGUUUCUCAGUGGCUGUGAGAAUGCUGAUGAAAACCCCAGGAUAUUGUGUCACUGUGGUGGCCAGCUGAUAGUGACAGUCAUCCCUCUUUGCCCUGAGCACUACUGCAGGGGUAGAAGACUCCAGAACCUUUCUCAGGUCUGUGGCCCAUGCAGCCCAUGCAGCCCAUGGAGCUUCAUAACCUGAGCUCUCCCUCUCCCUCUCUCUCCUCCUUGGUUCUCCUUCCCUCCUUCCCUCCCUCACCCUCCCCAUCUUCCUCCGCCUUUACCACUGUCGGGGGGUCCUCUCGAGAGACUUGCCAUCCCACCUCUUCCCCAAUGGUGUCUGCUUUCCUGGCACCAAUCCUGGCCCUGGAAUUUGUCCUGGGCCUGGUGGGGAACAGCUUGGCCCUCUUCAUCUUCUGCGUCCACACACGGCCCUGGACCUCCAACACGGUGUUCUUGGUCAGCCUGGUGGCCGCUGACUUCCUCCUGAUCAGCAACCUGCCCCUCCGAGUGGACUACUACCUCCUCCAUGAGAUCUGGCGCUUUGGGGCCGCUGCCUGCAAAGUCAACCUCUUCAUGCUGUCCACCAACCGCACGGCCAGUGUCGUCUUCCUCACGGCCAUCGCGCUCAACCGCUACGUGAAGGUGGUGCAGCCCCACCAUGUGCUGAGCCGGGCUUCCGUGGGGACAGCUGCCCGGGUGGCCGGGGGACUCUGGGUGGGCAUCCUGCUCCUCAACGGGCACCUGCUCCUGAGCACCUUCUCAGGCCAUUCCUGCCUGAGCUACAAGGUGGGCACGAAGCCCUCAGCCUCGCUCCGCUGGCACCAGGCGCUGUACCUGCUGGAGUUCUUCCUGCCCCUGACACUCAUCCUCUUCGCCAUCGUGAGCAUUGGGCUUACCAUCCGGCGCCGUGGUCUGGGCAAGCAGGCGGGCCCACAGAGGGCCAUGCGCGUGCUGGCCGUAGUGGUGGCUGUCUACACCAUCUGCUUCCUGCCCAGCAUCAUCUUUGGCACAGCUUCCAUGGUGGCCUUCUGGCUGUCCGCCUGCCACUCCCUGAACCUCUGCUCACGGCUCUUCCACGGUUCCCUGGCCUUCACCUACCUCAACAGCGUCCUGGACCCUGUGCUCUACUGCUUCUCCAGCCCCAGCUUCCUCCACCAGAGCCGGGCCUUGCUGGGCCUCACUCGGGGGCAGCAGGGCCCCGUGAGCGAUGAGAGCUCCUACCAACCCUCCAGACGGUGGCGUCGCCAGGAGGCCUCUAGGAAGGCAGAGGCCACAGGGAAUCUGGAAGUGCAGGCCGAGGUGUCUCUGGAAAAGGAAGAUUCCUCCCAGGGCUGAGGGCCAGCCUCCCAGUGCUGCGAAGGUAGGGGCUGCUGCGCUCUGGCCUGGAGGGACAAGGCCGAAACAUGGUGCCUCAACCAAUCAGAAAAGGGAUGGUGGCAGACUCGGGGCCGGGCUGAAGCACUGGCAGAACUCAGGAGGGUGGCAGUGAGAGAAAGCUGCCUUGGCCUCUCAGUGUGUCCAGAAUGGUGUUCCCAGAAUGCAGGGAAGAGCAGAAUGCCAGGUGGAGACAGGCAGGGUGCUGUGGCCACACCAGCUCAGAUAGCGGCCUGCCCAGCUGCAGGGGCCGGAGGCCAAUCACUGUCACAGCAGAGUCGCCUUAGAAAUUGGACAGCUGCAUGUUCUGUGCUCUCAUUUGUCCCUUCUGAUAUUAAUAAACUUCCCUUUUAAAUAUAUUUAUUUGCAAGACCAAA